AUGACACCGACUCUUCACAUCACCCAUAUUGGCACUGCCACCGCCAUUUUGAACAUCAAUGGUGUCAACUUCCUUACCGACCCCUUCUUCUCUCCCGCUGGCACCUCAUGGUCCGAUGAGCGUAUCACCCUGACUGUAUCCGAUAGUCCUGCUUUAAACCUCAACCAGUUACCAGUGAUUGACGCGGUACUGUUGAGCCAUGAAGACCAUUUCGACAAUCUGGACGACCUUGGCCGCCAACUACUCAAUGGGCGCCUCGUUUUCACUACCGUCGACGGCGCCAAGAACCUGGCUCCUCGCCCUGCGGUUCAUGGAAUGAAAAAGUGGGAGAGAAUCAACAUCGCCAUCGCUGGGAAAAAGUUUGAAGUGAUUGCUACUCCAACUCAGCACAUUCCAGGAAUGGAGUGCACCGGAUUUAUUAUUACCGGAGAAGACUUCGGUCAUGGUCGGGAUGGCCUACCCAACGCGAUCUACUUCACCGGAGACACAGUCUACAUUGAGGAGCUCAAGGAUAUCGCGAGCAGGUACCAUAUCAAAGCAGCUGUGAUGAAUUUGGGUAAUGCUCAUGCGCCAAACUUUGCGGAUAUGAGUGCUCCUCCGAUUCAGGCUACAAUGGAUGGCAAGUCUGCGGCUAGACUGUUCCGCGAUAUCAAGGCUGAUGUGUUGAUUCCGAUGCAUUAUGAGUCUUGGGGGCAUUUUACUCAAUUUGGAGAAGGGCUGAGACAGGAUUUCGAGGAGGAAGGUAUCAGUGAUAAGAUUUGUUGGCUGAAGCCAGGCGAGAAGGUUACAGUCUUUUAG